AUGGACCCUUCCAGAGUUAACUUAAGGUAGAAACAUCAUACUAAGUUCACCUCAGAGAGAUGCGGAGACACUCAAGAUGCUAUGAAGGUAUUUUCUAAGAUAUAUAAUUUGCUUAGUAUUUUGGUAACUACUCAUCUGAGGGACACACUAUUCUAGUCGUAAUGCCCACCAGAGGCAGCUGCAAACCCUGGAUUACCAUGUAAUCUUACUUCUAUUUUUAACAGCAAUAGCCCUGAAGGAGUCAUUGCAGUUGUCACCAAAAAUGGAGAGUUCCUAGGAUAUUGGGAGUCUGGCAUGCAUUGGUGCUUGCCUUGGACUGAGGCUCAGUAUUUAGUAACAAGAUAAAAUAUAGUGUUUGACAUGCCAGUCACAUUAUGCCCCACAUCUGAUAACAUAUUUAUCGAGAUCCAUGUUUCAGUCGUAUUCGACAUCCAACCAGAGCACGAGUAUGUAUAUCAACUUUGCAUGAAUGUGAAUGAACUGAAUUAAAUGCUAGAAGCAGCAAUUACUGAGAGAGUGAGAUAAAUGGCUAGAUCGGUUUCAUCUCGCCAAGUCUAUUCCCUAAGAGGAGAGACCCAUGCAGAUCAAAUGAAAUCUCAUUUGAAGUCAGUCAUGUCAAACAAAGGAAUCAAUGUGAAGCACGUGAUUAUUACUAAUGUGAGAUUCCCACCAGAUGUUGCUAAUUCUCUAUAAGAAAAAACUAUUUUCUAAUUCAAAAAUACUCUUGAAAGAAAGAAGCAGGCCUUCGAACUUAGAACUCUAAAUGAUAAAGAAGAGUUAGAGCUUUUGAGACAAAUGAGACUAUAAGAGAGAUAAUAUGAGAUCGAAAGAGCAGAACUUGACCAAGCCACUAAGACUAAAGAGAUUGAAAAGGUCAAGGCUAAUAACAAGCGUCUUCAAGCAGAAAUGAAGGAAAGAACAUUAGCUCUAUCUAAUCAAAUUAACGCAGAGACUGAUGUAAAGUACAAUGAGAUCCUUGCUGAGGCUAACUUAAUUGAAAACGAGAUUCUUAACAAUGCCAGAGCAGAAGCAGCUAAGAUAAGAGCUGAAGCUGAUGCCUAUGAGAUAAAAACAAUCACUGAGUGCGAGAAAGACAAUGCUGAGGUCAUUUCUCAGGCUAUCAACUUGGAGGGAGAGAUCGAGUCAAGAAUGCUUAAGGGCUCUAAAAAGAAGAGAAAGCAUCAACAGAUCAUGGAGAGACUCAAUGCCAUGGAUCAACUAUCACAAAAGAAAAAGAUGGUUAUCUAUGGAGAGCAGGGCAACAAUCUUCUAGCCAAUCUAGAAGCUUUCAAAAUGAAGAGUUUUACAAACUUUGAAAAAAGUUAAUCAAUCUUAAGUAACAGCAGCUUCAAAAAUGAUCAAAGCAUCUUUCAACUUCAAAUACAAACUCCUUCUAAUGAAGUAAUUGCUUAAGUUUCAAAAUAAGAACAGCAAAUACUGAAGAGAGCACAUGAGUCAUAAUACAAAGAGAGUAUAUUAUAUCAGAAAAUUAACAGAGGAGUGUAACCUUCACCAUUAGUAAAUGAUUCUUUAUCCAAAAUAAGAGGUAUCUAGUUCAAUCACUAGAAUACUACUCCAACUAAGAACACAAAGAAUCUUUUGAAAUAAGCAGCUAAAGCGGCUACUCUUCAAGAUAUAAUGAAAGCCAAGAAAUUCUACAGAGACGACUCAUCACUUGUCGUUGAUAUUCAAAAUGAGACUACUUUUGCAGGAAGUUAAAUGGAACAGUCAAUUUCAGCCAAUAAUUUAAUCACGAGAGAUCCUAAGAAACUUGAAAAGACGCUAAAUUAGCUGAGACUUAAAAACCUUAGAAAUAAUAUACCAUCGUCAUAAACUAUAGAUACUAAUGAGAUCAUGAUGGCAAGAAAGCAUUUGAAAAGUUAGGGUAAGUUGGGUGCAACUACUAUGAAUUUAGGUACAGCUUUAGGCUUUUCUAGAGAUAUAUCCUAUUUACAUGAAAAAUCUAGGCUUAUUAAUUAAUCAGAACAUGAAAGAUCUAUUGAGAAGACAUAAUAAAGCGUGUCUACUCAAUUGCCAAAUAUCAUCGAGAUUAUAAAGAAAGAAAAGCACGAAAAAGAGGUAGAGAAUCAAUAGAAUUAAAACAACAAUAAUAAUUAAAGCACAAUUAUUACGAUACUCAGGUAGGAGAUGGAUGAUCUUGAUAAGGAAUUAUAUUAAGUUAUAAAUGAAAGGUAAGGGCUAAAGUGGAAGCCGCCUCAAAUCUCGCAGUAGAUUGAAUUCGAUGAAGCAUUCAGCUUCAAUAAAUUUCUUGAGUAAAAGACACCUAUGGCAGGAUAGAAUCCAUCAAGCAGGAGACAGGCAUAAAUAUUGUAAGCGUGGUUUGAUAUGAUGAUAGAUAAAUACUAUGUCUAAACACAGGAAUGGCAAGACCUCAAGCAUAAGGAUAAAAAACUCAAUCUAAUCAGAAUAUAAAAGAUAAUUGAUACUUGCCUGAAAGAAAUUGUGAAGUAGACUAUGGCUCAUUGUUAAGAAAGAGGAAAACUUUUGGAGUAGUUGAUUUUAAUCAAUGAGUAUUUUAUGGACAGAAGAAUUCAAUAGGUGAAAGACGAGAAAGUUCAGAUUAUUAAGAACAAUUCCAUUGAUAGGGAAAAAGUAGAAAAGAGUCACGAUGAUAGAAUCAAUAGCUUAAAUCACCAAAUUUUCAAUCUUUAGAGAUAGAUUAAAGAUUCUUAACUUCAAAAGGAGAAUGAUGUAGAACUAGUAGGGAUACUAAGGCUAAGGAUUGACACAAUAAAUGGAAAGCUCUCAGAUAUGAUGCGAGACAUCAAGGAAAAAGAAAAAGUCAUUGAGGAUUUUGAAAGAACAGUUCACAUUUUGCAAAUCAAAAAUUAGAAAUACAAAGAGAAAAAGAGGAUUUUAAACAGGAAGAUCCAAGAUCAAAUAAGAUUUGAACAAGUAGUUGCUCCUAGAUACUAGCAUUAAUUCAAUUAUCAGUUCAACUAACUUGGCAGACAGACCUAGGAUACGCCUGGUAUGACUGGAACUCCAUCUGAUUAUAACAGGUUAUAGAAUGAAUUCUUUGAGCAAAAACGCAAUAGAGUGAUGAGUCUGGGAAGGUAAACAGAUAGAAUUAGUUUUGCUGGAGACCUUUAGAUGCAAUUGCCUAUUUCCUAACUCACUAAAUAUGAACAUGAUGAUUUAGAGUAUUCACAAUCAAAUAACCAAGAGCCCUCAAUUAGAAAUUCUAUUAAACAGAUAAGAAUUUUAGAUUAGUCUAAUUUCAGUCCUAAUCAAAUGGACAACAUGAACCAAACUGACACAUCAAAGCUUAUUGAUUAGUAGAGCUUGAAUAUUCCUUAGCAAGAUACUGAGGAGAUACUUUCUAAUGAUUAAUUCCUACUUGUGGCAAAAGAUGAAGAAAUGCUUCAAAAAUAUUUUGGUAUAGAAGAUGAAGAGGAAGCUUACAUUAAGCGGCAAGUAGAGAUUCACAAGCUCUAGGAUGAGAUGAUGAAAAGCAAAGAUUUCACUUACUUUAUGACUAGAGUAGAUGAAUUAUGUACAAUAUACUAAAACCAAUUACCUAAAGAUAAGAAAAGUGAUAAAUAAAAUGAGUACAUAAAAGAGAUAGUUAGAUAGCUAUUUAAAAAUGAGAUCGAAAUGAUAGCUAAUUUCUCUAAAAUUUAUAACGAUAAACUUAAAUAGCUAAUGACAUUAGAUAGUAAAAGUACUGAAAGAAGAGGAGUCAGGACUAAUAGCAUUACAAAUAUAAUAUACUAAAACAAUCCAAAUUUUGUAAAGAGAAAGAUGGUAGUGUAUACUUAUGAUAUUGGAUUGUAGACUGAGGAGAGUAUGCUUGGAUAAAAGCUGACUGAAGCAGAAAUUGAAAACAAAGUUGCUUCUAAAUUGAUUUAGAUGCUGAUCUCGAAAGGAGUAACUAAAAUUAUUAAGAAGUAUGGCUACUUACCAAUUGAUUAUAUUAAUAAAAAUACUGGAACUGGAAAGACUCCUGAAACUACUGGUGCUGAGUCUAGUAAUACUAAUACGAAUAGUAAAUCUUAGAUGAGCAAGAGGAAAUCACCUAACAUUAAGAAAGAAUCUCCUGCUAUUGAUAAACAUUCAGUGAUAAAAAUAUGA